AUGACUGCACUCUUCUCUUGGUGCAGGGUGGGCGAAUGCACGCUGAUCGGGGCUUCGGGGGAGUACUCGGACUUCCAGCACAUCAUGGAGACCCUCGAAGAUUACCACCAGUACGACGUCAACAUGGACGACGGCUUCGAGAGGAGUCCCGCAGAGAUCUACAACCUGCUGAGGACCAUCAUGUACAACCGCAGGACUUGCUAUGAGGACAACAUUCUGGCCACGGGUUUCGGUGGGCACCUGGCGCUGCCCAUCCUUCGCAAGAAGUGGAGGCCGGACUUGGAGGAGGGAGAGGCUAGGUGGAAAGCUAGGAACAAUCCAAUGCAUAGCUCGGUUUGGUCGCUGUGUGAAAUCGAAACGGGCGGAGUAUUUUUUGACCGAAUUUCAACAACGAGAUCCGUCCUGGUUUGGUGCAAACGGUCAAAGGUGCUUCUCGUCACCGUGUCUGUACCUUCGACAUCGAGAAAUUUAAGGUGUAUCCACGGGCUGAUUAUUUCAAGGCACCGAUCGAUGAAGCAGACCCGGGGGAUUGAUGCAAGAUGGGCAUCUCAGAAUGAGGACAUAGCACCCACCGAUAAAGGUUGACGAGAGCCGUGUUUCUCGCCUCGUCCCUCUCACUUCAUUCUGUCCUUUGCUGUUUUUGCGUGCCGUGGUUGGAUCUAUGAUGACAGGGCUUUGCUGGAGGACU